AUGAUCCGUCAUGCAGGGAACAGCCUCAUCAUCAAAGUGGUAACGGUCAGCAGGAAUAUGGACCCUGAGGAUACCGCACGGAAAAAAGGUACUACACCCCUACACCACGUUAUGGUAGAAAAAGGUACGCACCACCUCGGUAGUAGCACAAUGCUGCCCCAACAACCAACGCUAUGCAAAAAUGCUAAAUGGAUUUUGGGUGUUGAAAUGUGCCAAUAAAGGCCAAAUUCCUUUGUUAUGUCUCUGCCUCUCUCUCUCUUUAUCUCUCUCUCUCUCUCUCUCUGUCUCUCCAUCUCGCUCUUUCUCUUAGCCCCCCCACCGCCAAAGAGAGCCCCCACCACCGCCCUGUCUAUGCGCUCCAAGUCUAUGACCUCUGAAUUGGAAGAACUAGGUAAGGAGCAAUCUGAUAGGCUCUCACAAGCCUCUCUAACCACGCCCUCUUAUCGAUCUUUCCCUUCUGUUCCUAUUCGUUUGUUAUUUAGUGGGAAUCAGUAAAGGUAAGGAGUGGAGCUGAACAUACAGUAUGUCGCAUACUGGUGUGGGAAGUACAUAUAAUAUUCAACUAAUUCAACAUGCUGAUUCAUUGACGUUUUAUUCAUCUUUUGAACCUGUGAAGCUAAGCUGUAGUGUCAAGCCCAUUGGUUCAAACCAAGACAUGCUGUUAAUUAUGUUAACCAUGUAUUAUUUUAGAUUGUCAUAUUUUUGCUAUUAUUUAUUACGGAUUUCUCCCAGUGAUUUGCUGCGUCAUUGCAUGAGGAGUGGUCGUUUGUGAAAAUACCUCCACAGAUUUUUUUAGCGUAACUACCAUGGAAACGAGGAGCUGGCUAUUUGUAAAGAUGGCAUUAGAGUUGCAUUAGUGUCUUCGAGUUAGAAACACAGACACGGUUGUGUGUGUGUGUGUGUGUAUGUGUCUGUGUGUGAGAGCGUGCAUCUGCGUGUGUGAAUAUGUGUCUGCGUUUGUGAGUGUGUGUAUGCACGUGUGUAUGGGUGAAUGUGUGGUGGCCUAAGAUCUUAUUUGAGGGCCCAUGUGUGGAAUGGGAGUGCAGUGUGGUGGUAAUGUGUUCUGACAGAGGGAACAGUCAGCGCUUCUGAGACGGGUUGCUCUAGAACACUGGUGAGAGGAGGAGAAACUGGUGGGCAGCUAGGGAUGCACGCUACGCUAUAGCACCACCCUGCUAACUCAGCUAGGGGAAAGAGAGACAGAGAAAGAAAAGGAGAAGGAGGAGGAAGAAAGAGAGAGGAACAGAGAGGGAAAAUGGGAGGGAACCAGGGAGAGAGAAAAGAGAGAGAGAGGAGACCAGGAGGAAAGACAGGGCAUAGGGAGAGAGAGAAACAGAGAGAGGGAGAAUGGGGAUGAAACUUGCAGUGUUAAUUUUGGCCGCUAUUUUAGAUGUAGUUUUAGUCUUAAAAUACCUUUUAGUCUUAGUCACAUUUGAGUCAUUUCAUCCUUCGUUAGUAUUAGGUAAAUUCGGGACAAUUUUAGUGUAGUUUUAGUCACAGCCAUUUUAGUCACAUAAUAGUCAGUGCAUUUUUAUCUAUUAAAGCUACAAUAUGUAACUUUUUGGGUUAGCUGACCAAAUUCACACAUAGAAAACUGAGAUAUAGAUCUGUCAUUCGCUUUGAAAGCAAGUCUAUGAAGCAGUAGAUCUGUUCUGUGUGUGCUAUUUCUAUGCUUCCCGUUCUUAAGUUUAGUUUUUGCAUCUUUUACUUUCGGUUUUGUACAUCAGCUUCAAACAGCUGAAAAUACAAUAUUUUUGGUUAUGGAAAAUAUAUUUCACAGUGUUGUAGAUGGUACAAUGAUUAUCUAUACUAUACUUACUUGUUUUGUCACAUAAAAUGAAAUUAGGCAAACUAUUAGAAUUUUAGCAACCAGGAAAUGGCAUAGUGCACCUUUAAAUAAUGAAUAUUGAGGCUACCUCUAACUUCCAUCAUGUGCACAUGCAUAUAGUCUUGUCCAACUAGGCCUACUAUCCCCUUGUAUACCUUAGCUGGCAACAUUGAUAUUGUGGCAGAUUGUAACCAAUGCCAUUCAUAAUUAACCAUAUAGGCUAUAAAGCCUUGGCUACAGGUUUAACAAUUUACAGCUCUGAUUUUGUCUCCAUCAUAACUGUCAAGGGGGUAAAUAACAGAGGUUUCCUUGAAAAGGGAAGAAUGAGCUUUACAAAAAUGCCAGAAGUAUUACUGUACUCCUAAUAUUCAACAAUUAGCAUUUGUUUUUCCCAUAGGAAAAAAGCAACCGCAACUCGCAUUUGCGGACCGUGGCGCAAGAGCUGCAGCACAGAUGAAUGAAUAACAGCACACAUGGGAAAAUAGAUCUUCUGAUGUGAUCAAAGCAAAAAUAGUCUACAUGAAAGUAAGAGAGAGAGUAAACAUUGUUUCUAAUUUAGGUUACUUACAAGACAAGUGUCCUUGCUUCGCAUCAGUUCAAAAGAUUGACUAAUGACUGAAGUGACCGCCUGGGAGCUGUGUGGGAGAGCUGGGCAGAUCAGCUCAAUCAGACCGGGCAACUGAAAGAUGUCAAUUCUACCAAUGAGAGGAUUGCAUGAAAUAUGAUGUAUGCAUGCAUGCUUAGGAUUGGACAAAACAUACAGUAUAAAACUGAACUUCAUGUCAAAAUAAAUGUCCAUUAGUCUCACGUGGAAUUCUCAUCUCGUCACAUUUUCAUUGACUAAAAUGAAAAGUAACUUGUCAUAGUUUUAUUCCAGGGCCUCUUGUCUCGUUAUUGUCAUAGUUUUUGUCAGGAAAAUAGGUAGUUGACAAGUGUUUUUCAUCAUAGUUAUUGUUGACGAAAUUAACACUAUGUGCAAGGUAGGAAACAGGAGACACACUUUACACAUCAAUAACACUACUGAAUGAACACAGUGGGAGGAAAGGAAGAGAGAGAUCGAGAAAGAGAGGAGCAGAUACAUGAAGGGACAGGGGAGCUGUAGAGAUAGAGAGAAGAGGAGAGGUGAAGAGAGAGAGAGAGAGAGAGAGAGAGAGAGAGAGAGAGAGAGAGAGAGAGCUCUUGCUGAACUGAAACGUGUCAGGCCAAUGUCACUAUUGUACAUGUGUCCCUGAUCUCAGUUGACACAUGCAUGAAUUCGACUACUAAUUUUGCUGUUUAUUGCUGUCAUGUCAGUGUAUGGCUGCUCAUUACAAAUGUGGUAUUUUGAUUUUCAUGCAUAUACAUUUACAAAAUGCUAAUACUACAUUUACAAAAUGCUGCUCGACAUUUACAUAUAACAUGCUUGUCAUGCAGAUAAUGUACACUAUAUGGCCAAAAGUAUGUGGACACCUGUUCGUCGAACAUCUCAUUCCAUAAUCACGGGCAUUAAUAUGGAGUUGGUCCCCCCUUUGCUGCUAUAACAGCCUCCACUCUUCUGGGAAGGCUUUCCUCUAGAUGUUUGAACAUUGCUGCGGGGACUUGCUUCCAUUCAGCCACAAGAGCAUUAGUGAGGUUGGGCACUGAUGUUGGGCGAUUAGGCCUGGCUCGCAGUCGGCAUUCCAAUUAAUCCCAAAGGUGUUCGAUGGGGUUGAGGUCAGGGCUCUGUACAGGCCAGUCAAGUUCUUCCACACCAAUCUCGACAAACCAUUUCUGUAUGGACUUCGCUUUGUGCACAGGGGCAUUGUCAUGCUGAAACAGGAAAGGGCCUUCCCCAAACUGUUGCCACAAAGUCACAGAAUUGUCUAGAAUGUAAUUGUAUGCUGUAGCGUUAAGGCCUAACCCGAACCAUGAAAAACAAUCCCAGGCCAUUAUUCCUCCUCCACCAAACUUUACAGUUGGCUCUAUGCAUUCGGGCAGAUAGCGUUCUCCUGGCAUCCACCAAACUCAGAUUAGUCCGUCGGACUGCCAGAUGGUGAAGCGUAAUUCAUCACUCCAGAUAACGCGUUUCCACUGCUCCGGAGUCCAAUGGCGGCGAGCUUUACACCACUCCAACCGACGCUUGGCAUUGCGCAUGGUGAUCUUAGGCUUGUGUGCGGCUGCUCGGCCAUGGAAACCCAUUUCAUGAAGCUCCCGACGAACAGUCCUUGUGCUGACGUUGCUUCCAAAGGCAGUUUGGAACUCGGUAGUGAGUGUUGCAACCGAGGACAGACAUUUUUACGCACUAUGCGCUUCAGCACUCAGCGGUCCCGUUCUCUGAGCUUGUGUGGCCUACCACUUCGCGGCUGAGCCGUUGUUGCUCCUAGACUUUUCCACUUCAUAAUAACAGCACUUACAGUUGCCCGGGGAAGCUCUAACAAGGUAGAAGUUUGACGAACUGACUUGUUGGAAAGGUGGCAUCCAAUGACGGUGCCACGUUGAAAGUCACUGAGCUCUUCAGUACAGGCCAUUCUACUGCCAACGUUUGUCUAUGGAGAUUGCAUGGCUAUGUGCUCGAUUUUAUACACCUGUCAGCAACGGGUGUGGCUGAAAUAGCCGAAUCCACUAAUUUGAAGGGGUGUCCACAAACUUUUGGCCAUGUAGUGUACUUUUCAUCAGACCCGAGUCUAAUACACAUAUCAAAUACAGAGCACUCUUUCUCUAUCCCUCCCAAGCCACACUAAGGAAAAAGACAGGUGGUAAGUUACGUAGGCAUGUUUCACACAAAGUCCAGUAUGUUGGAUGGAUGACUUGAGCACUAACCCACAAAUCACUGACUUGUGUCUUGGUUUUAUUGACUGUAUUAACAAUAUUUUGUUAUUAUAUUUACAAAGUGUUUUUGUAUAAUUUACAAAUGUGUUUUCCCCCUGAGAAAGAUACCUACUCAGUAUGUCACUGUCUGGUAAUAUUUGCAUGAUAAAGUUGGUACAACAAGCAGGGUUUGGUGUCAGUUCCAUUCAAAUUGUGCUAAACAAGUUAAAUGUCUUACCUGUGAUUCAAUGUUUUCUGCACACAUUGCAAUGUGUAGCCUACUUGGACACCGCGUCUCCACAUUUCCCACUGUCUAUUUCCCUACGUGGGAGCAUUACGAAACCGCAGGUCGGGAUUUUUGACCUGGCUACAUGUACUGUGAACAGCACAGCAGCUUUUCAGCAUGUUUUGUUAUUUCUGUAUAACAAAAAAUCAACAUCGAAGCUGCCUCUUUUACAAUGGGGGUCAAUAGGAAAGAAUGUUGGUUUACCCCAAUUUGUGGCCGUGGUCGAGGGGAAUUUCUGAUUAUUACGUGAAUACCGACUGACUAUUCAGAAAGUAAACUCAAUUCCAAUUCGGAAUAUCAGUGCACUUCCCGAAUUGACUGGAAAUUAAAUGGACUUGACCCCAACCCUGACAACAAGUACUGUAACUUACAGUAGUAAGUUGAUUUGUCAUUGAAUGGAGUUGUUUGCACCAAUGAGAAUGCAUGAUUUUAUUCCAGUCUAAUCUCUGUGCAUAUUGAAUGGGCAUCACAGACUCAAUAACGUGAUAACAUGGUAUUGUAUUUCAAACAUUGCUUAUGUUUGAAAUAUGAAUAGUCACAUAUGUGAAACAUUGAACUUUGGUUUAUUCAGGUAACUCAAGAACUAUUAAAGGGAUAGUUCACCCCAAAAUCAAAGAGUGUCAGAGGUUUUCACAUCUCAAACCUGGUCUGUAAAAACAUGAGUUCAUGCCAUCUGUUUUGUUGAUCCUGCAACAUGAAUUAGAAUAAAUCUGCAGUCUUCAAUCCCAUAUGAAUGGACAGAUUGGCAACAUAUAGGCAAUAAUGUUAUAUAGCAGGAUCUAGACGGCAUAACAGAUUGCAUGGGGUAUGGAUGAAGUUAGAGUGGUUUCAUUAACUGAAGUGGCAUUGGAAACAGAACCUAUACACAUCAUGCCUCAGAAAAUAGAAGAAGUCACCCAUAGUGUCAGAAUAUGUGUGUAUGUUCGUAUGAUUCUGUGUGUGUGUGUGUGUGUGUGUGUUUGUGCGCAUUUCUCUGUGUGUGUGUGUGUGUGUGUGUGUGUGUUAGAGGUUGUUACUAAUAUGUCCUGGUUAAGGCUGAAUCCACUCUCUUCCCUCUGUGUGUAGAUGGUCAGAAGAAGAGGAUAUGUUUUCAAGUCACUCUAAGUACAGUAACAUCCCCAAAUGCAUGGAGGCUUUACAAAAACGAAUACAACUAAAUAUUACAUAAUAUAAGCUUAAAGGCUUGCACGGCUUCCAAGGCUGGCCUCUUCCCAAAAUUACAUGUUUUUUAAUUUUAUUUUAUUGUGUUCCUUUUUUCUCAGUUUCAGCCUCAGUUUAGUUUAGAAAUUGAGGAAGGUGUCAUGAAAAUGACUGGCUUGCGAACGCAUUUUACCCAUUACAUUUUUAGGCUUAAGGAAGUCCCGCCCUAUUUACCCUGUCACUCAUAGAGGGUGGGGUUUGUCUUGCAGAUAAAGUGGACGAGGUGUCACCUUCCCAGAAGGCCGUGGACAUGAAGGUGGCCACCAUUAAGCCACGCCCCUCCAGCCGCUGUUUGGUCACACCUACUGACAUGAAUGUGAGUUACUCCACACAGUAUAAUAUAUGCCAUUUAGCAGACGUUUCUAUCUAAAGCAAUGUACAGUACGGAAUUGGUCAAUACUUAUUGUUUUGUGGAUAUGUCAAACUCUAACCCUACCCAACUCUGGUUUACAGUCCAUGAACGACCGCCAGGGUGGUGUGGCAGUGGUACCACCCACCGUGCCAGGCAGUCCUAGAGGGGGGGCAUUACUGGGCAUACUUGCCAAGGGUGGCACCAUGAGGAGACAGAAGUCCAUAGGUGUGUGUGUGUGUGUCUAAUGUAUGGCCCCACUUUACCAUGAUUACCGUUUCCAGAGAGUUCACUUCAGAGAGUAACUGGCUUCAUUAAGUGUGAUAAUGGAGAAAUUAGAGUGAUCCACUUGCCAAAUUGUGCUCUGAGGCGACAAUAUUAUAACCCAUUACCCAUACACUGAAACCACAGUCUAUGAUGAAGCAAUAGUAUUUAAUAGAAACUAAUUAUAUUUAUGGUCCAUCCAAUUCAUCACGCCACUCAGAGCCAAUAGUAGCCCAAAGGCAGGUCUGUGUGUUAUGACUGCACUAGCUUCAGUAGAUAGUAACUUCAGUAUAUGCAGUAGCUUGAGCAUACUUUGUAAUAUCUGGAACAUAGAAGGCAAUCCUCACACCUGACCCAUAGACAACUUCCUAAAACUGAUUACAGAAUUAAAAAGGUUAAGUGAACUAUCCCCAAAAUGUAUCUCGAUAAGAAAGGUGAAAUGGAAUAGAAUCACACAUGUAAAAUUGACAGAUAUCUCUUUCUCUCUCUCUCUCCAUCUCUCAUUAUCUCUCAUUAUUUCUCUCUCUCUCAGGUAGAACAGAAGAGGAGAAGACGCUCCUCACCCCUCCCCCGCUCAAGUUCACCCGCAGCCUCUCCAUGCCAGACACGUCCGAGGACAUCCCCCCUCCCCCGGCCAUCUCCCCCCCGUCGCCCCCCUCCUCCUACAACUCUCCCUCCAUCUCCCCCACGCCACGGGGCUACGGCACCACCCGACCGGGCCUCACCCUCAACUCCGCUGGAAAAUGUUCCACUACCCUAGGCAACCGCACGUUAGAUGUAGGGACGCUAAGGCGAGGUUAUCACCGCCAGAGCUCAGAACAGUACGAUAGUAGAAGCCGAGGACGGGCACCCGUGCCCGAGAACCCGUACUCGGAGGUUGGCAACAAGGCGCUGUACGUGCCCGCCAAGCCAGCGAGGAGGAAGGGCAUGCUGGUCAAGCAGCCCAAUGUGGAGGACAGCCCAGAGAAGACUUGCUGCGCCCCGCCCUCAGGCGCCGUUUCCAUGCCGACCACACCCACUGAGAGGACCGUCUCGUCCAUUCCCAUCCCCACCAUCAUCGUCAAGGAGCCGUCCACCAGUAGCAGUGGAAAGAGCAGCCAGGGCAGCAGUAUGGAGAUCGAGCCCACCACACCCGAACACCCACCAUUAACGCCUGGGGCAGGGGGCAGGGGGCUGAGGCCUGAAGACCCAAUUGUCAACAACCCCUUUGCGGCUGCCAUCGCAGGGGCAGUGAGGGACCGGGAGAAAAGGCUGGAGGCGCGGAGGAACUCGCCCAGCUUCCUCUCCACUGACAUGGGGGAUGAGGACUUGGGAGACCCUGCCCCGCGCCUACGCCAGUCCAAGUCCAUCGAUGAGGGGAUGUUCAGCAACGACGAGCACCUGCGGAGGAUAAUGGCGCCCCCGCCGGCCGCCACCCUGCUGCGGUCCCAAGAAGGGGGUGACCGUGGGGGUAACGUGACAGACUUUAACACCCCUGAGCCCGGCCAGGUGGUGAGGGAGCCCCUGACCGCGCGUACCGGCCAGUACCCCAACCUGGACAGCCCCGUCAGUCUCCCGGCCACCUACAGCUCCAACGGAGGAGGGGGCUACAUGCACCCCGUCACGGGUAAGGCCCUGGACCCUAACUCGCCCCUCGCCCUGGCGCUGGCGGCCCGGGACAGAGCCAUGAAGGAGCAGACGCAAACGACCAUGGCGACGCAAGCCCCACCCCCUUCUCAACCUCAACCGCAUCCCAAGAGCGAUGCCUCCCAGUCCCUCCCCCCCAACCCCCACAAACCUGGCCUCAAUCAGCCCCUCUUCAUCAAUACCAAGCUCCGCUCCAGCAUUGAGGCGGGCUUCGCCACCUCCACGACAACCCUGGGGCGAGGCAGAGGGGGGGGCCUGAGGAGGCAGAUGACGGAGCAGAAGUACGAGUUGGACGGAGCGAGGGAGGAGAGGCAGCAGGCGGCGGAGGAUGGGAAGAGCAUACAGAUCGACGUUGUGGACACGUCACAACCGCAGAAAGCGGCCGGGCUGCUGAUGGUGCACACCAAAAACAGCCCAGAGGGGGACGACAGGGGGCAGGAGAACACACCAGCCCAGGACAACAGCAUCCCCAGCGAACUGAGAGACCCCAACAAGCCAAACCCCUCCACCAACAGCCACAGUACCAAACCCCUGCCCCCCGUGCCGCGGGGGAAGAGCAUCACGGCUGGGGGAUCGGUGGACGAGCCAGUCAAGCUGCCCUUCCGCAUGCCCCCUCCCCCACUGGCCUCGGUGGACAUCGAAGAGGUGGAGGAGUUUGACUUCUCCGAGCCCCUGCCGCCGCCGCUGGAGUUCGCCAACAGCAUUGACAUCCCUGAGGACCAGGCAACGACCAUCGCUGAGUUGCUCAAGCAACGGGACCAAGAGAGACGCAACGGGAUGGGGGCCAGGGGGCCACAUCCACCUUCCUACUACACCCACGCCCCGCCCCCUGUCGGCCAGUUCAGACGGGGGAGCGGGAUAUCCAACUGCGUGCCCCCACCCUCCUACCCCCCUCCGCCCCCCGAUGGUGGCUUUGAGCAAGGUGUCACUGACUCAGGCAUCGAGGAGGUAGACAGUCGCAGCAGUGGAGACCCCCAUAUGGAGACUACCAGCACCGUUUCCACAAUUUCCAGCAUCUCUAUACUGUCGUCGGAGGGCGGGUACAACAACGCCCUGGAGAACACUUCUAUGGUCUAUACUGACGGCCAGGCUUACCUUGACGACCGACCACCAGUUCCCCCCAAGCCAAAAAACAAGCCUGUCAUCAACAAGAACACUGCACUUUACCACGACGUCCUCAUGGAGGAAUCCCUGGACUCCUUCGGGGCGCCCCCUCCCCCUCCACCCGGGUCCAUGUCCCCCCCGGACCUCCCCUGGACCCCCACCCAUCGGUCGUCCAAGCUGUGGGGCGAACCCCCGGAGCUAAGGAGCCCACCCACGCCCGACCCCAAGGCCACGGUUAUCAACGAGCUGAGCUCCAUCUUAUCACAGAUGCACCGGCCCAAACCGGGGGACUCCCUGGACUCACCCACCACAGGGGCCAGGGGUGGCUUUGGAACCAGGUAA